AUGUCGCUUUCUUCGCUUUGUUUACGCAAAUAUUCAGACGAGAAUGAUGCUAAGCCGGAGGCAUACACCCCCCAUCUCGAUCCAGAGACGGCAGUGUCGACGGUACAAGACUUGAGAGCUGCCCUCCAAAAGACCGGGAACAUGGAUGAGGGUAGCCUGUUUCUUCUACCCACUGGCUUUGCGCUUGCCCGCAUUGACGAGCCUCAGAAGCCAUGGGAAAUCCUCAAAAUGGACGAAAAAACCAUUGCCAUACUCUCGACGCCAAGUUCAUCUUCCACUCACCCUCCUCCCACAUCCGAAAUUGGUAGAAGCGCGCCAUCACUGGCCUCACCUUACGCCAUACAGGGGAGACAAUCUUCACCCAAAGAUUUCACGGUGGCUAGGUCAGGCGAGUUGAAGGGACAAAAACUCUUACCGGUCGCGGUAAUAGGUACUGGUGGUCGCACCAGAGCUCUUCGCACAUUUUUGGCCACAAUAGACAGGCAGGUUUCUCCACUUAGAUUCAUCACCAGAUUUCCAAAGAGGCCCCCGCUUGAGCCAAUCAUACGCGCUUCGCAAAAGCUUAUUUGGAAUGCUGCCAACCUGUUCGGGCCUGAUUGGGAUGCUAUAUAUGAAAAGAAUGCUUGUCUGCGUGGUGUCAUACUCGGUCGUGAGCCAGUAUGUGCUCCUAGAAAACUGAUCGAUGAAGGCUGUCUAGGAGCUUGUCUCACGCAUACGACUGGCGAUGCGGUCACUCGCCGAACUCACACUGUUUCUAAUGAGCUCGACUCUAAGUACGCUACCUUUGGAUGGUCUCAAGCCGCACUUGGUGUGAUUACGCAGUUUAUUGCUGGGAUCGAAGCAAGCCGCAAGGUUACCGCAGCGCAUAAUGCCUCUUCAACGGCCGCAUUUUGUACCUCAUUCUGGAGAUCUAAUAUCGACCGGAGAAAUGACCGUUGCUUACUCCAGUUCACGAUGAAUGGACUCGAGGUAACACAGGAGUUCAUUGACGACGUUGAUGCCGUUUCACGCGAAAAAAAUGAGGGCAAGCAGCGCGAAUUAUUGGAUAGGCUUUUCAAAGAUUAUGGCCAUGUGUUCAGAAUGACCACCAUCCUGGGAGGAUCUAUCGUUGCUAUCGAGAAGCAACAGGGACGAACUGUUACUGACCAGGAAGAAGAGGAGACUACGGGGACUAUAGGAGUAUUUGCUGGCCAAGCUGGAGCCAAGGCCAGUGCAGGCUGGCGCACCUUCAUGAGUGACGCUUCCAAAGUCAAUAUCGAGGACUCCAGUACCACAAUCAUCGGCGGAAGUAACCCUACGCCAUGGAAUGUUGAGGGGUGGGUUAAUACUUUGGAUAAUUAUCAAACAUGGAGCGUCAUCAAAGUCGAUCGGGCCAUUCCAGUGCUUGAUCUCAUUCCAGGCAUAUCAGAGAAAAAGAUCCCAUCCCUUAUUGGGGUUUGGACGAAUAAUACUCGGCUUGCGUUUUCUUAUGGAAACAUCAAAGGGUAUAUUCCUGUGAUCCCGGAGCACAAUUCGGCAGGCACGAACAAUGCGCCCUAUCAGUAUUACUGGAUAGGCCAAACCCUCGACCCGAAUCGUGCACUAUUAGUCAGGGAGCUCAUUCCGGGUGCGCUCAGUGAAGCAAGCUGUCUUCACGAGGCAUGGAAAUCCAAGCAUACGUGUGCCCUUUUCACCAAACCCAAGACCAUGCGUCUGAUUUCACCUAUCUCAGGGAAUAUCAGCAAGUUUGUCCCGCUUGUUCCAUGUAUUUCGAAUGACCCUCCCAAAUUAUCCGACAAUCCUUGGAAGUACUAUCGUACGGUUAAUAGGCAGCUCGUGGUUCAUGUGACGGGUGGUGAGACGAUAUUCCACCCCACAAAAGCGCAGGGUUGCUGCAUCCAACCAAUUGUUCAGGCCACAUCGCCUGGAGAAUCGUCAGUUGACUUGGGGCUGUUCGUGGCCUCUCAUGGAACUGAACCUGCAAUUUGGGGUAUCAAGGCCGAUAAGAUUCAUUUUUCUUCCAAAUAA